AUUGGCCACAGAUGGCAGCAGCUACAUGUACACAAGAGUGUUAAACAUUGACCAAUAUGCGGUACGGAAUCUCUUUAUUUUAUGACUGAUGGAGUUACCCAGGGUCAUAAUAAUUAAUUCCAGUUUAUAGGGUGCUGAUGUGAUGGGUGCAAAGAGAUACUCUGGUUGAUGACUCAAAUGAAUGACAAGCAACAUGGAUGCUGCUCGCAGAAAUCAGGACAUUCGGAAGAUGCUGAACCCAGACUCCCGGUCUCUCAUGGGUAUGGAGAACGCUGACAACGCACGAGGAGCGGAGCGUCAGCUGAGCCGAGUCAGAUGUGUAGCUGGCUGGCUGGUAGGAGGGUGGGAGCGGCCGGACGGGAAUGCUAGCUGGCGAUUGAGCGAGGAGGAGCUGCUCAUCCGGGCACGGGAAGAACGUGCAACUAUUGUUGGACGAUACGAACUCGGCCGCGAAGAAGGAGCUAUCAUAGACCCAUGGGAAGACCCAGAAUUCGAGGUUUAUCAUUCCACAGACAGAUACGGCUUUAUACAUGACACAAGAUUACCCCAGUCUCGCUCAAAGGAAGAGGAAAAAAGAUUGGAAAUUGAGCUUUCCCGGAUCCCAAAGUGGUUGAAGAUGAUCAAAAGCUGGGAUAAAUACUGGGACAAAGACAAAUUCAUCAAAAGAAUAUACAAAGGCAUUCCAGAUAGGUUUCGGGGUGUAGUUUGGGCAAAAUUACUUCUCUUGGAACAAAUAAAAGAAGAACAAAGAGGAAAAUAUGAGGAAAUGAAGAGACUUGGAUGCAAGUGGUCUACAGAUGUCCGACAGAUUGACUUGGAUGUAAAUAGAACAUAUAGGGACCAUACUAUGUUUCGUAAGAGAUAUGAUGAGAAGCAACAGCAGCUCUUCCAUGUUCUUGUUGCCUACUCUAUGUACAACCAAGAAGUGGGUUACUGCCAAGGAAUGUCCCAGAUUGCUGCUUUGUUACUCAUGUACCUGAAUGAAGAGGAUGCUUUUUGGGCGCUCUCUGCCCUUAUGUCCUCGCCUAAAUAUUCUAUGCACGGCUUCUUCAUACCUGGCUUUCCAAAACUUUUGCGAUAUCAACAGCACCAUGACAAAAUACUUGAAAAAUUCCUCCCCAAGCUUAAAAAGCACUUGGAAAGGAAUUGCAUAGAUUCUGGACUCUACACCCUCAAGUGGUUCUUUCAGUGUUUUCUUGAUAGGGUUCCAUUCACUUUAACCCUGCGGCUGUGGGACAUCUUUUUGAUGGUAGGAGAGCACCUCCUAAUUGCCUUUGCCUAUACUGUCCUCAAGCUACAUCGUCGUCAAAUAGCCCGUCUAGAUAUGGACCAGAUUUUAGACUAUCUGCAGAAAAAGUUGGAGAAAAAUUUUGGUUAUGAAGAUGACUAUGUGAUAGAGAGUUUGGAAAAGUCAAUGGAUGAGUUAAAGAAAGCCAAAUUAGAUCAUCCUGGAGCACCACCAGAUGGGGAAUUACCACAGCAACCUUUUGGAAUGUUUAUAGAACCUACAAUUGAGAAGGAAUCUGGAAUUCGUCGGGAUUUCACAGAUGAGGAGCGCAUGAUUACCGAGAAAUUGAUGAAGCGGACAGAAACUAUUGGGCUCAAUGGGUCUCAUCUCUCUGUUGACCGCGGAAAGAAAGGGUCAAGGUAUUCACUGGAGUGCAGCAUUGAUGAAGUAAGCAGCCUAGGUGGAGUUGGAGGUUCCCGAGCCUCCCUUGCCAACACAUCUCUUACCUCAGCUGCGGAUCUAUCCACACUUUCCUCUGUUACGUUGGCCAGACGUGGGGAUAUAGAUGCAGCUUCCAUACAAUCCGGCCGUUCACUCAUCUCUCCAGAUACCCGCUCUGUACAAUCGGUACGAUCACCAAGGUCACCAACAGAGAAGUUCAGACACUCUAAUAGUCAUUCACCAUCACAGUCACUCCCACAUCAGACUAAUGGUGAUGUACAUGGUGAUACACGAUCAAUCCAGAGUGAAGGUGAGAUUGUGCAUAACGGUAUAUUGGGCAGCCCAUCCCACAGCCCCUCCACUCCACGACCGUCCUGUCUGUCUGUUAGUCAGACCACAUUGCAGGACAAAGAGGCCCUACUAUCUGAGCCUGCCACUCCAAAGGCAACAGAGACACCUGAUACUGUGAGAAUCUUUGUACCAUACUCAGGGAACACAGAAACAUUAACACCUAAAACUCAAGUCCCAAAGUCUCCUCCUGUUGAGGAACUCAAAUUCAUCUCCACUGGUUCUAAGGAUCCUAAUAAGAUCAUGAUCCAUGUUGAUGGAGAUGAUUCUCUGUCUUCCCCAAGAGAACAUUCCUCCACUCCAAGAAGCUCUCCAAGAGAAUUUUCCAACUCAAUGGACCUCACAACUUCACAGAACUUCUCUUCACCUUUGGACAUGUCCUCACAGGACCUGUCCACCACACUUCAGGACUUUAGUUUCACGCAGGAAUUCACCUCACAAGCCAAAACUUACUCAGCACCGAUUUCUCCAACAUUACCCAAGCUGGAGACUUCACGGUCACGGCCCAUCACUCUUGACAGUCCAGAGUACAAUGAGGGGCUGCUAUAAGUACAAGUUCGGUGUUAGGGGCUUCACACUCAGAGCUUGGUUAUUAAUAUAUGUAUAUACAUAUUGGUAUAUUGGAGUAAUAAUAAUAGAGUUACAUAGAGUCAUUUGAUAGGUCAACCAUAUUAAAAGUUGAAAAUACAAAAGUUAACCCUGUGGUUAUACAUAGAAUCAUAUUGUUUUAAAGGUCACAAAUCUGUACAGAUAGAUGGUUUUGCCCAGAGCAAAGAGAAGUCCAAGUCAUGUUAAGCAUUGUUGGUUGGUGUAUGUGAGCAAUGAGCUCAUUAUUAGUAAGUGUACUUAAUAGAAUUGGUGUUUCUAGAUGCAACUGUCACUCCUAUUGAUUACAGAGCCAAUUCUAGCAUAUUUUUGUAUGACUCCUGUUCUAGUCUUCCUUAUUUUUUCUUUCUCUUGGUGAUUGGCCAGUAGCUGCUGGAGGGCAAAAACUUACAGAAUUCCAAGAACCAUAUCCCCUUAACUGCCUAGACCAUUGUACUGACAUUGAAUAGACCAUAAUUGUUAACUUGUCAGUAGCUGAGAUCAGCUGUAUUAAUCAAGGUUAACAAAUAUCCUUAUUUUUAUAGGUCCAAUGUUUAUGAGCUAUUGAAUAAUAUUUUUUUUUCUUUUUUGAGCAUGAAUCAUGAACGUCUUUAUUUUACAAAAGCAACAUUCCAAAUGUGAUGUAAAUAUAAUAUGCUGUAGUAAUAUAGCAUAUAUUACCUUAUCUUUCAGGCUGUUAUGUAUUUAUCCAGUCAGUCAAAUAAGGUUGAUUACCAUGUGAAAUGGUAUGUUUAGAGUGUGCAUUAUUAAUUAAUCUUUUUGAUCUGAAGAAUUUGGGUUAGAAGAGUACUAAAAUGACUUUCAGCUUUGAUUAAUUUACCUUUCAUUGCUUUGAUUUUAUAGUAACAAAGUUUCAUUGACUGAUUGGAUAUUUUAUGUAUUAAUAAUGCCAGUGUGCAAUAAUUCCAAAUGCUGAGGGAUCAAAACAAUAACCUGUGUGGCCCAGUGUGAGAGGCCAUGAAAUGCUCAUCCCUAGGCUUCUUUGUGUCAUUUAGUAUUUAUUUUGUAGAAUUUCUUGAUGCAGAAAUAGUGGUGUGAAUGAAAAAUGUGAGUGUUUGUAUAUACAGUAUAUGUUUGAAAAGAGCAUAGGUUGCAGGAAGCAAGCUGUGCACCAGUGAUGGUGCCUGGUGUCUGCGAACACUUUUUUUUUCUUACUUUAUUGUUCUGAAGAGUCUUGAUAUUGAAUAGUAACUUGUAAUUCCUUUGCUAUAAUGUUUUGAUUCGUUUCAUCAGAUAUAAGGCUUUGAUUCAACAGAUAAAAUUAAUAUGGUUGUAUCAUAUGCUAUGAAAUGUUCUUUUAUUUUGUUGUAAUUGAACUGCAAUAAUACAAAUAAUUUAUUUUGACAUUGUUAUGAAUCAGUAUUAUUAACUCAUUUCAUUUCCCCUAAAUAUGCAAAAACAAUCUUUUUAGUGACACAUAUGGGAUAAAUUUGUAUCACAAUGUAUAAUUGAGUAAUUUUGCUGUCUUGUGUAUCAUUGCACAAUAUUACUGCUAUUUCCUGGCUUCUUGCUGAUGUGCAGACCUUGCAACAGAUAUCUAGUACUGUGUACAUAGUUGCUCUGUUGUAUUAUUGUGAUAAGCCAGAAAAUAUUGAGCAGGGUGAUACUCUUACCUGAUCCAAGUUGGGUAAUUGGGUCCUCUACAAGCACAGUGAAUAGGUAAAUGACUCUUCUAAAUGCUGACGGAUAGUUUUGCUGUAAUUUAAGAGUUUCUCACCACUGCUCAUAAUUGUUGUAUUUUAAUUUUUUUUCUUUUUAUUCCAACAUAUUAUGGAAUUUUGUAUUUAUUUUAUUUUUUUUAUUAAAUGCUGUUCUUUAAACUCUGAAGAAAUAUUAGCAGUGAUAAGGACUGAUUGUGAAAUUUAGAUUUGAGCCUUAAAAUAUGCAUCUCGCCAACAAAUACUUUUAUCAGUUUAGAAAAUAAUAAUAAUGCAUGAGGAUUUUGUCUAAUAUCACAUGUGCAUCUUAGUACUCUUGUAAUGUAAAUGUGAAUAGAAUAAUGUAAUUGUAUAUUAUCAGGUUGUAUCAUGGAUGAUCACUAAAUGAGGUGUGCCUGGUAUGGAGAAUGUAAUGGUGCAGAUUGCUAAAUUUAUUCAGACUUGAUUAAGAGUUGUUGAACAGUUGAGGUAAAUGCUUGUUAAUCAAUGUGAAUUGUAAAAGUUCAUCUGACAAGAAACCCAAUUCUGUAUAAAGGAAGAUAAGUUAGCAUAUGUAUUGCAGUUGAUGUGUCAAAAAAGGCAAACCACUAUCAUUGGCAUUUAUGAUAGAGAGAGAGAUAGAUCCUCAUGUCAAUGGCUGUUAUACUAAAGUUUGGUAUUUGGAUAUCCUCAAAAAUGUUUACUCUUAUAAAUUACAAUUACUUUAGAAAGAGCAAACAUCAGUUAGAACUUUAUCCUAUCAUUUAAAACCUUACCAAAUGAGGCAGCUCAACCCCUCAGUGGUCACAUACAGUUAACACAUGAGAUGUGGCAUGUAAUGUUAACCAGAACAAAUAAUAGAUUGUGUUUCUUAUACUUGAUAAUGAAUUCUUCACAACAUGCCUUCUUUUAUCUUUAUGUAUCAUAGAUUUUUCGCAACUUUUUGUCAAUUUCAUGUUAAUAAUUUUGGAAUCGGGUUGUACAUCCCUGUCUUUUGCUGGUCAUAUUAGUAAGUUAAUGGGUACUUUAUAUUCUUUUGUAUAAACUUAUUAUAUAAAUACAGUAUAUAUAUUCACUAUAUCAUACUCAUUAUUUGAGUCUCAAAAGUCACUAUUGUAUAAUUUUUAUACUUACUUUAUUUGAGUAAGUCAUAUGUUAGAUUUUUGUGCUUAGGUAAGCCUUCUCAUUGUGUUAUUAAAUGUUAUACACAUAUCUUAGAAAUAAUUAAUACAAUUAAUGCUCCUUUGUAGUGUCACAAUGACAUAAUUAUGCAGGGAAUGUAUGUGAGAUAUAGCUGAUUCUUCUAUCAUAACUGUCUAAACAAGCUCUCUUAAUUCAGUUGAGAUAAGUGACAGUUGUUAGUUAAAACAUGCUCUCUUAACCCAAAAGAUUGAUGGAGUUUCUUUUAAGUUGUUAUCUACCCCUUCCUUGAUGACAUUCCCUUUCCCAUCUUUUUAUGUUUACCACGACUUCUAAAUUUUUUUGCCUUGCUUCUUUGACAUUUCCUUAAUUAUUUUCCAUACGGCUUUCCAUUUGUAAACCAUCUUUCUAAUUUGGUUUUCAUCUUUGUGCUUAUCCUCCUCAUCUCUCUUCAAGCUUAAAGUCUGUGCCUUUCCUUUUUUUUCUUCUCAUAAUCUUUUACCUUUCCUUCAACCCUCUUUAUUUUUCUUCUUCCAAAUAAUCUUUUCCUACCUUACAUAUUCCCUCUUCCAUUUACAGUAAACCCUCGAUAACUUAGAAUUUCAUAUAACUCAGCAUGGAUACGGUCUCAGAAUGUAUUAGUAUAACUCUGGAAAUGCGGAUAUAUAUAAAAUUAUCUGGGAAAAUCUCGGCAUAUGUGGUCCUCUGCAUCACCUACCAGCGUCUGUGUCACCUACCAUGCAUCUGUGUCUCCUACUAUGAUGCUACAUUCUUUACCUGCAGUGCUGAUAAGUUACCUUUUUACAUUUAGUAAUUGCAUGUACAAUUAAAGACAAAAGUCGUGUUGCAAUUUUGUCCGAAGAUUAAAUACAACUCGUGAAACAUUAUGAGAGCCCCCUACCACAAGGCAGAGCGCACCAAAA